AUGGUCGGGAUAGACGUCGCGCUCAACGACCUUCCAAGGGUCGGAAUUGGCCUACAAGCGAGCGCUUUUUCAGAACCAGAUCCCCCCAUAUGGCGUGAUGUUCGACUUUGUCCGGGAUACGUGGCCGCACUGAGUCUACUCCUACUGGUCGAACGAGGUGUGUCGUAUGCCCUCGCGAAGUUAGCGAAGGAGCCUCGAAGCUCGACUGGCACACGCAGAGAGCGCAUUCUCGUCAAUCUUUUCAGCGCGUCCACGCGCCGGGAGCAUAUCAACAAUCGAGGCGGAUGCACAAUCUGGCUCUUUGCAGUUGCACGUCUCGUAGGCGUGCUCGUACUUCUGGCGUUGCACGUUACAGGCUUUUCAAGCGAAGGACGGAAUGGUGCCCCGAACUACUACGAAGAUCUACUGCGUGUUUCAUACAAUCGGAAGUGGCUGAACGUUAUAUCGUGCGCUGUCUACGGCUACGCUUCUCUCCUCGCAGUGCUCGUGGUAGUAGCCAAGCGCUCGUUUGCCAAUGCCUUGUCCCUUCAUCUCACGUGCCUCUUACUCGCUGCAUGUGCUGUUUACGCCUACCGCGACAUCUGGCCGCUCAUGACCUUCCCUCUUACACCCAUUGAUGCAUCUCAUGACGCUCUAGUUUGGUGGAAGAUCGCCCUCCUCGGUCUGACCGGCAUCCUUUCUCCGCUAUGCGUUCCUCGGCAAUAUGUUCCCGUCAAUCCAGUUAAGCCACAAGAGGCGCCGAAUCCAGAGCAGACGGCUAGUAUUCUAAGCCUCGUCACGUUCUCGUUUCUCAGCGACAUCAUCCUAAGUGCUUACCGAAUGGCGCACUAUCCGUACGAGAUGCUACCUCCCUUAUGCGAUUAUGAUCGGGCAGAAGAACUCGCCCGUCGAGCGUUCAAAUACCUGGACACCUUCUCGGGAGCACGAAGGGAGCACGCGUUCAAAGGCCUCAUGCGAGUAUUCUGGAAGGAGUACUGCGUGUUGGCGUUGAUGCUUGUCGGACGUGCUUUGAUGUCCUUCCUAUCUCCCAUCGGAGUUAAUCGCCUUCUUGCGUAUAUUGAGAACAGUGGUCAGGGCGCUUUCGUGCGCCCGUGGGUCUGGGUAUUUUUCCUCUUCCUCUCGCCAUUCAUGAUGAGCCUCACCUUCCAAUGGUACAUCUGGACCACGACGUCAACCCUUGUUCGCGCGCAGAGCUUCAUAACGCAGCUGAUUUUCGAGCACGCUCUCCGAAUGCGGGUCAAGGUUGAUGCGACAGAAACGGGCGGUGUGGAUGAUGCGAAGAAUGAAAAGGGGUCAACCUUGCAAGGACGUAUCAUGAAUUUGGUCACGAUCGAUCUAGAGAAUAUUGUGACUGGACGCGACUUCCUACAGGCCGUUCUUUUCGCACCCCUGCAAUGUGCUAUCAGCAUAUGGGGGCUUUACCUACUCCUUGGCUGGAGCGCCACCGCCACACCCGUGCCCGGUUUCAUCUUGAAAAGGAUGCAGAGUCUGCAGAGGGAGGUCAUGAAGAGAACGGAUGCACGUGUUUCUGCAAUUACGGAGACCCUCUCCAUCCUUCGCAUGAUCAAACUCUUUGGCUGGGAGCGAACGAUCUCCGCACAGCUGUCAGAGAAGCGCGCGGCUGAGAUGCAAUGGGUACGCAAGCGCGAGUUCGCCUCGCUUGCCAACACCAUCGCUAGCUAUAUCAUCCCCAUACUCAUCAUGGUCUCAUCCUAUGCGACCUUCACGCUAGUGAUGAAACGUGAGCUCAGUCCGAGUAUAGUCUUUUCCAGCAUGACGAUCUUCGAUAUGCUUCGUGAUCAGCUAGAAGAGGUCGUGUUUCGCAUCCCCAACCUCGUUCAGGCGAAAGUGUCGUUGGAUCGCGUGACGGAGUUCUUGCAUAGUACCGAGCUCCUGGACGUCUACUCCGAACAUGAUGGGGAGGCUGUACCCUCCGGCCAUAUUGACAACGACGCCAUCGGCUUUGCGGACGCCUCCUUCCGCUGGACAUCCGAAAUCGAUGAUGGGGUACUUACACUCUCCCGGCGUCCUUUUACCCUUCGCAUUUCCGGCGAGCUACGCUUCGUGCGCGAAGGCUUCAACCUCGUCAUCGGGCCGACGGGCUCGGGCAAAACGUCGCUGUUGAUGGCGCUUCUUGGAGAGAUGCACUUCGAAGCAUCUGCGCCUGGCGGGUGGUAUAAGCUUCCACGUGUAACCGGGGUCGCAUAUGUGGCACAGGAGAGCUGGGUGCAGAACAAGACUGUUCGCGAUAAUAUUCUCUUCGGCACGCCCUACGACGCAGAUCGCUAUAGUCAGGUCAUCUACGCGUGCGGCCUCGAACGCGAUCUCACACUAUUCGAAGCCGGAGACCAUACCGAAGUGGGGGAGAAGGGCCUUACAUUGAGUGGAGGACAGAAGGCAAGAGUCACGCUUGCACGCGCAAUCUACUCGUCUGCAAGCAUACUUCUGAUCGACGAUGUGCUCGCUGCACUGGACGUGCAUACGGUGCGGUGGAUCGUGGAUCGGUGCUUUGCAAGCAAUCUCGUCAAGGGCCGUACGGUCAUCCUCAUAACGCACAACGUCGCAGUGGUCACUCGGUUGGUUGACUUCGUCGUGGCUCUGAAUGCAGAUGGGAGCAUCGCCACUCGUGGGACAGUGGAUGAUGCGCUGGUGCAGGAUGAGUGUCUACGAGAUCAGAUACAGGAGCAGGAAGAGGAGCUGAGGAAGGAUGCUGAGAUCCUGGAUGCGCCAAGUGGAUUGACGAAGGGCACCGUAGAUGAACGGACAAACCCGCCGACAAAGGAUGGCAAGAUCGUUGCUGCGGAAGAGGUUGCGCUGGGGCACGUCACCUGGUCAGCGCUAAACUUCUUCUUUAGCGCGCUAGGCGGAUCACAUAGCAUGUCCUUCUGGACGACGUUCAUUGGCUUGCUUGCAAUCGCGCAAGUUUUAGCCGCCGGGACGACUUGGGAACUCGGGUAUUGGGCAGAGCAGUACACGCUUCACGACGCGCGCGACGUUAGCGUGCCGCUAUACUUGGGUCUCUUCACAGUCUUGUUACUCGCAAGUCUGCUUGCCCAAAGCAGUUCAAGUGUCAUCUUUGUCUUUGGCCUUAUCCGUGCGGCGCGACACAUACACGCACAGCUUAUAGAAGCCAUCCUAGGCACCACGCUCAGAGUCUUGGACGUCACACCUACAUCGAGGUUCCUGGCUCGCUGUACACAAGACAUUCGAGCGGUCGAUGGGGAUGUGGCCCAGGAGUUUCGCGUACUGCUCGAUAUAGCUUCGCAGAUGCUUGUGAAGCUCAUCGCCAUCAUGCUCGUCACACCGGCUGCUCUCCUUCCCAGCUUCUGCCUCUUCGUAUUGGGAGGCUAUCUGGGAAACGUGUACAUGUCUGGACAGCUGAGCGUCAAGCGCGAGAUGAGCAAUGCCCGCGCUCCAGUUUUAGGACAUUUCAGCGCUGCUGUGGCCGGUCUUCCCAGUAUACGCGCGUAUGGAGCCCAGGAAGCUUUCUGUUUGGAAAGCCGUGCGCGUAUUGAUCAUUUCACUCGUGCAGCGCGCACAUACUACAACCUCAAUCGAUGGGUCAGUACGCGCAUCGAUGCGCUUGGAGGAGCUUUCGCGGCCCUUCUGGCCGGCUACCUCGUUUAUGGUCCACAGAAGCCGGGCGCCAAUAGCAUCGGGUUCAGUCUGAACAUGGCCGUCGGGUUUAGCGGGAUGAUCUUAUUCCUCGUGAAGAUGUAUAACGCCUUUGAGGUCGAUGGAAAUAGUUUGGAGAGAAUUCAGGCGUAUACGGAGAUUGAGCAGGAGGAGAAGCCUAGCAAGAAGGGGGUGCCUCCUGCAGCGUGGCCGAGUAGUGGAGAGUUGGUUGUCGAGGGACUGUCAGCGCGUUAUUCGCCGGACGGCCCGCGAGUGCUUCACGACCUCGAGUUCACCGUCAAGUCCGGCGAACGUGUCGGUAUCGUGGGACGCACAGGCAGCGGAAAAUCUUCCCUCACACUCUCCCUCCUUCGCUGCAUCUGGACCGAAGGCACAGUCCUGUACGACGGCAUCGACACAAAGAAUGUGAACCUGGACGCGCUCCGUGGUGCAGUGACGAUCAUUCCGCAAGUACCUGAACUCCUUAGCGGCACCCUCCGCGAGAACCUCGACCCGUUCGGUCAGCACGACGACAGUGCGCUGAACUCUGCUCUACGUGCAGCCGGUCUACUCAGUAUACAGGACGAGGAGAACGAGGACCACAUAACGCUUGAUAGCCAGAUCGGCGCUGGAGGAGGCAAUCUCAGUGUUGGUCAACGGCAGAUCCUUGCUCUGGCCAGAGCCUUGGUGCGCGGGAGUAAACUCCUGAUUCUUGACGAGGCCACGAGCAGUAUAGACUAUGAGACGGAUGCGGCUAUUCAGAGGAGCCUGAGGACGGAGCUGAGUGGGGAUGUUACGCUGUUAACGGUUGCACAUCGGUUGGCGACGAUUAUGGAUGCGGACAAGAUUAUAAACUCCUACCUUUCUUUUUCGAGCGUCUUCUGA